CGACCAGCGGAGUCGUGAGCCAGACAAACCGAGCAGCAUACACACGUACGCCCCCCAGCCUCCUGCCUCCCCUCAGAAUAAACAGCAAAAAAGGAAGGAAAAAAAAUCAAUCGCGAGCACGAAGAGCGGAGAUCCAAAUCGGCGCAAAAGGAGGCGCUCGCUCGCUUCGCCCGCACGGAAGUUCCUCCGCGCCAUCGAGGAGCAAACCAAUUGCGGCCUGGAAAAGGCUAAGGAAUGGAAUCGACGUAUGCCACUGAAGAGAGUGACUCAAAAGACUCGUCUGCAAAUAAAUCUUCAUCUCCAACAGGAAGAUCAGAAAUUUCAGUGGAUUUACCAACUACUCCUGCAGCCAAGGAAGUUCCUGGACAUAGUGAUCAUGAGGGACCAAGCGGACAUGAGGUGAUGUCAGCACAAGCAGAAACUGAAAACUCUACUCUGCAUAUAGUUUCUGCUGAUAGUAUGGAUUCAUCUUUACAGGUCCUAGAAAUGAGGCUUCCUGAUCUAACAGAAGACAUUGCAGAAUCAAAUGUGCCUUCAGAUACAGAUCCUGAAAUGCUGUCUAAUUCAGGACCAGCUGAGGUAUACAUAAGCUCAACAAAUGAUAAGGCAGAUUAUCCUUCUUCAGUAGACGCAAGUGAAGUGAAUGGUGGGCCUGUAAAUGUUUCAAAUGGUGCUGGAACUAUGCUAAGCGAUGAAAUGAAAGCUAAAGAAGAUGAGACACACCAUCAGACUGAUACGCACACAAAGUUGAAAAUGAAACAAGAUUCAGAAACAACACCUGAAAGUCCAUACAGAGGACUUAUUGACACUGCUGCACCCUUUGAGUCUGUUAGAGAAGCUGUCACCAAGUUUGGAGGAAUUGUUGAUUGGAAAGCUCACAAAGCUCAGAUGAUCGAGAGACACAAGCUCAUACAACCUGAACUAGAAAAGAUUCGAACAGAAAUUCCACUUUGCAAGGAGGAACUAGAAGCUGCUGAGGCGGCUAAAUCUCAAGUUGUGAAUGAGCUAGAGCACACCAAGAGGCUUAUUGAGGAGCUGAAGCAUCACCUGGAGAAAGUACAGGUUGAAGAAGCUCAGGCAAAGCAGGACUCUGAGCUUGCACAACUCAGGGCACAAGAGAUUGAGCACGGAGUAGCUGAUGAAGCCAGUGCGAUAGCCAGGACACAAAUGGAAGUCGCCAAAGAAAGGCACAAAAAGGCUGUUGCUGAACUUAAGUCAGUAAAAGAGGAGUUGAAGUCAGUACAUGAACAGUAUGCUGCCCUGAUAGAUGAAAGAGACACAGCAAUCAAAAGAGCAGAAGAGGUCAUAUCUGCAGGGAAGGAGAUUGAGAAGAGAGUGGAGGAACUGACAUUAGAAUUGAUUGCGUCUAAAGGGUCUCUUGAGUUGGCCCAUGCUGCACAUCAUGAAGCAGAGGAACGCAGGAUCGGUGCAGCAUUGGCGAAAGAGCAGGAUCGCAUUGCCUGGGAGAAAGAGUUGCAUCAGGCGCAAGAGGAGCUGGAACAACUAGACAGUAAUCUUAAGUUCAAUAGUGAUAUGCAGCUGAAUAUUGAUGCAAAUUUGCACAAGUUGCUUAGCCUCAAAGCGGAGCUGUCUGCCUACAUGGUGAAGAAACUGACUGAAGAAGCUGAAGGAGUUUCCAAGGAGCAUGAGUCUGAAGAUUCUAAACACAUUAGCAACUCUGUUAAGGAAGCUCUAGCAUCGAAACAGAAAGAACUUCAGGAGGUCAAAGCGGACAUUGAGAAGGCAAAGGCUGAGGCCAACGUGCUAAGAUUUGCUGCCAUGACACUCAGAUCAGAACUGGACAAUGAGAAAGCUUCACUUGUUGCGUUGCAACAGGGGGAGGCUAUGGCAUCCGUUGCUGUUUCUUCACUAGAAGCUGAGCUCAAUCGGACGAAACAAGAGAUAGAAUCUGUGAGGUCCAAGGAAGCAGAGGCCGAAGAAAAGGUGGUGGAGCUUCCCAUGGUUUUACAGCAAGCGACUCAGGAGGCUGAGGAAGCCAGGGUAGCAGCUCACUUAGCUCAUGAGGAGCUGAGGAAGGCCAAGGAGGAAUUCGAGCAAACCAAGGCAGCUGCAGCUGCAGCAGAGACCAGGUUAUCUGCUGUUGUGAAAGAAGCAGAAGCAUCUGCAGCAUCAGAGAGGCUAGCACGUGAGGCGGUUCAAGCUUUGCAAGAAAGCAAAGAGGCAAGAGACACUACGGAUUCUCCGAGACGAGUGGUGCUUCCUCUAAGCGAGUACUAUGAACUCAGCAAGAGAGCACAUGAAGCUGAAGAACAGGCAAGUGAGAAGGUAGCAGAAGCAUUGGCACAGGUAGUGUUGGCAAAGGAAUCAGAAGCAAGGAGCCUGGAGAGACUAAAGGAAACAUCCGAGGAAAUGGAUGAGAAGAAGGAAGAACUUGAAAUUGCAUUGGAGAGAGCCGGGAGGGCGAACGAAGGGAAACUUGGUGCGGAGCAGGAACUGAGGAAAUGGAGAGCUGACCAUGAGCAGCGCCGCAGAGCUCAUGAAUCCACGAAACGCGCGGUGAAUCCUUUGAAUGGUCCGUCUAGAGUAUUUGUUGAACAGAAGGAUCCACAUCACAAGGAGCAGGAAUCCAAGGUACAUAUGUCGGGAAGUAGCUACGAGGGCUUUGUUCCAAACCAAAAGUUGCAGAGGAAGAAAUCGCUGUUCCCUCUGAUGGGCUCGGUUCUAUCCAGGAAGACCCGGGCACAGACGUGAGAUAAACGAGAUCCUAGACACCUGGGACUUUGUCAUUCACAUUGCUGUACAUUGGUGUAAUAAGCUGUUUUUUUGCCUGGUCUUCUUUGGAAAGAGCUUUUUUUUUGUUUAAAGCUUGCCAGCUGGUGAAAGUGUAAUUUAAUUUGUCAGUAUAAAAACACAGUGGGCACAUUGGAAUACGUUUAUAUGAUUUUUUGGUAACUUAUUAGGUCUACAAUCUACAUGAAGAAAUUGUUCAAGUCUUGCAAUUCAGUGUAGGUGUAGCGCUAUUCUGUAAUGUUUCUCCUGAAACCUGAACUAUUUGGAGUGAGAUAGUUACAUACUCCUGCCUUUCUGAAUGUUGAUACACCUGCCACUGUGGUAGAAUUCUCUUA